UCAAAUCACAAAAUUAACAUAUUCUUCUUUCUUCUUUUUUGGUGUACAAAUGGCAAAAGACAUUGAAGUUGCCACUGAAUAUGCCCCAAAAGAUUACCAAGAUCCUCCCCCAGCACCCUUAAUUGACCCUGAAGAGUUAGGAAAAUGGUCAUUUUACAGAGCCAUAAUUGCUGAAUUCAUAGCUACUCUUUUAUUUCUCUACAUAACUGUUCUCACUGUUAUUGGGUACAAAAGCCAGAGUUCCACUGACCAAUGUGGUGGUGUUGGUAUUCUUGGAAUUGCUUGGGCAUUUGGGGGUAUGAUUUUUGUACUUGUUUAUUGUACUGCUGGUAUUUCUGGUGGACAUAUUAACCCUGCUGUUACAUUCGGCCUUUUCUUGGCACGAAAAGUAUCGUUGGUUCGGGCCAUAAUGUACAUUGUAGCUCAGUGUUUAGGAGCCAUUUGUGGUUGUGGAUUGGUUAAAUCUUUUCAAAAAGCUUAUUAUGUUCAGUAUGGUGGUGGUGCUAAUAUGUUGAAUGAUGGAUAUAGUACUGGUACCGGUUUGGGUGCGGAGAUUAUUGGAACUUUCGUUCUUGUUUACACUGUUUUUGCUGCUACUGAUCCUAAGAGGAAUGCCAGAGACUCACACGUUCCUGUAUUGGCGCCACUUCCAAUUGGAUUUGCGGUGUUUAUGGUCCACUUGGCUACAAUUCCUGUUACUGGAACUGGUAUUAAUCCUGCUAGGAGUUUUGGGGCUGCUGUUAUUUAUGGACAUCACAAAGCUUGGGAUGACCAAUGGAUAUUUUGGGUUGGACCAUUUAUUGGUGCUGCAAUUGCUGCAUUUUAUCAUCAGUUUAUUUUGAGGGCUGGAGCUGUGAAAGCACUUGGUUCAUUCAGGAGCAAUGCCUAAUUAUCAUGAAAAAUUGAAAUUGUAUAUAAGUAUUUGAGAAGAAAAGUCUCUUUGAAUUAUGUUGUUAGAGUUGUCUUGGCAGUUUGGCACUUAUUUUAGAUUUGCCAAACAACUUUUCUACUUUGUUUCCCUUUUCGUUUUUGUGUGUGUUUCUGUAAUUUUCACUAUGCUAUUUUUUAAGCAUCCAAAUAAUGAAAUAGCAAGGCUAUUGUCCAUUUAA